UCAUGCUGCUGCCAGGUCCAGAGUCUCUCAUGGGUCCCUGUACGGCCUCCCAUUGCUGCUGUCUCCAUCGCCACACUCUGCCAUGUGCCACUUUCAGGUCUCCUCACACUGCUGGUGUGUUCCAUUUUUUGACAUAGGGUGCUGGCAGAUUACGGGCCUCCCAUAGCUGCUGCCAGGCCCCUAAUCUGCCAUGGGCCCCUAUAUACCGCCUCCUCAUGCUGCUGCCAGGUCCAGAGUCUCUCAUGGGUCCCUGUACGGCCUCCCAUUGCUGCUGUCUCCAUCGCCACACUGCCAUGUGCCACUUUCAGGUCUCCUCACACUGCUGGUGUGUUCAAUUUUUUGAC